AUGGAAACCGAUACUGAAGAGGCCACCAUGACGAAGUGGAAACUCCCCACGGCGAUCAACAGAUCUGUCGGCAUCCUGGGAGCUGGUGUGCUAGGCCGCCGGAUAGGAGCCUGCUGGGCCUCUGCCGGAUACAAGGUCAACAUUCGCGAUCCCGACACGCAGCAAACCAAUGGAGCUCUACAGUACAUCAAAAACGAGAUGUGGAGGUACAAGCCCACCGUCAGCCCCGACAAGAUUUCCGUUCAUGGUUUCCAGGACCUGAAGCCUGCCGUGGAGGACUCGUGGCUGGUUAUCGAAUGCGUGCCUGAGAAGCUCGACCUAAAGAUGAACGCCUUUGCCGACCUCGAAAAGGUUGUCCGACCCGAUACGAUACUGGGAACCAACUCGUCGUCCUACAAGUCGCGGGAGAUUGCGGCCAAAGUGAAGCCUGACACGGCCAAGCGCAUGCUGAAUAUGCAUUACUACAUCCCGCCCGACAUACGCGUUGUCGAGCUCAUGACCAGCGGAUCAACGCACGAGGACAUUUUUCCUUUUCUCGAAGAGCACCUCAAACGGUCUGGCAUGCUUCCAGUCAUGGCACACCGAGAGUCUACGGGCUUUCUUCUCAACCGCGUCUGGGCCGCUAUCAAGCGAGAAUGUUUGAUGGUGCUAUCCGAGGGGGUAGCCUCACCAGCAGAGCUCGACAUGGUGUGGAAUGAGAUGUUUGUCAAGACCGGUGUUCCCCCAUGCGAGCUGAUGGACUCAGUAGGCUUGGACACUGUGUCACUCAUCGAGCAGCACUACAUCCAGGAGCGUAAUCUCCACGACCCAGGCGUCAUAGCCUUCCUCCAAAAGUACAUCCAGGAGGGCAGGCUCGGGGCCAAGUGCAGCAAGGGCGGUCUGUACCCACCAGGUUAUACCACCAAGACUGCUGGCCAACAGCAAACCCCCUACGACAACCUGCACGCUCCGACCUUGUACAUCCUCGACCUUGGCCUCAACAACGCGCCAGAGGAGGUGUACCAACGUGGCCGUAUCCUCGUGGGCAGCGCGGAUGGCCAAACCCCUCUCCGCACCAUAGUGGACCACCAGCCCAUGCCAGACGGGAUCGCUCUCUGCCCAUCAGAAGGUAAGAUUAUCUGGGGCAACAUGGGUGUGCCUAACAAAAACGACGGCAGCAUCAUGUCGUGCAACUUGGACGGUAGCGACAUCAAGGUCAUCAUCCCCUCCGGCACGGUACACACGCCCAAGCAGAUUGCUGUUGACGACGACUGCUCCAAGAUGUACUUUUCCGACCGCGAAGGCAUGCGCGUCUUCCGAUGUAACAUUGAUGGCUCUGGACUGGAAGUCCUCAUCCGCAACGGGGACUGGGCGACCGGCUUUGACGACCAGACGAAGUGGUGCGUGGGCCUCGGGCUUGCCCCAUUGGAAGGGAAGUUUUACUGGACGCAAAAGGGUCCGUCCAAGGGAUCCAAGGGGCGCAUUUUCAGGGCGAACAUACAUACACCUCCUGGGCAUGAUGCUUCUACGAGGACCGACAUCGAAUGUCUGUUCCGGGGCCUGCCGGAGCCUAUCGAUAUCGAGAUCGAUGAGGAAGGCAAGUUCAUGUACUGGACUGACAGAGGGGAGCUUCCUCGCGGCAACAGCUUGAACAGGGCUGAAAGGGGCCCUGAUGGCCAGUAUACCGACCACAAGAUCCUAGCCAGAAACCUGCACGAGGCUAUCGGCAUCACUCUUGACAGGAAGAAUCGACACAUAUACGCUACAGACUUGUGA